CAGGUGAUUAACAAAACACUUAAAAAAUGAAAUCCAAUUAACUCAGCAAGCAUCAUCAUGUAGACCGGUUCAUUGUGAUCCCGCUUUCUUCUGACUUUUGAAGCUCCACACUUGAUUUAAAACUCAAACAAACAUUUCUACAGUUCCACUAAUCAAAACAUACCAUAAUCAUCACGCUAAUGGAGAAUCACGAAGACGAAGACUUCACUCACGACGUUUUCCUCAGUUUCAGAGGCAGAACUCGCUACUCCUUCACCGAUCAUCUCUACCGUUCACUUCUCCGUCACGGAAUCAACGUCUUCAGAGACAAUCCAAACCUUAACAUCGGCGACGAAAUCAGACUUUCACUUCUACAAGCAAUCGAAGCUUCUAGAAUUUCAAUCGUUGUUCUGUGUAAAGACUACGCUUCUUCCACUUGGUGCCUUGACGAACUUGUUAAGAUCGUUGACUGUUACUACGAGAUGAAAGGGAAAACUGUUUUUGUUAUAUUUUAUAAGGUGGAAGCUUCUGAUGUUAGACAUCAGAGAAAGAGCUAUGAAAUUGCAAUGAUUCAACAUGAAAAGAGAUUUGGAAAGGAAUCGGAGAAGGUGAAGAAAUGGAGGUCUGCUUUGAAAAGAGUUUGUGCUCUUAGUGGACUAUACUACAAGGACGAUAUCUAUGAAUCUGAGUUUAUUGAGAAGAUUGUGAGAGACAUCUCAGCUAAACUACCUCCCACGCCUUUACAAAUUAAACACCUAGUUGGACUCGAUUCUCGUUUCGAACAGGUGAAAUCUCUUAUUAAUAUUGAUUCUGAUGUUGUUUGCAUGUUGGGAAUUUAUGGAGCUGGUGGAAUAGGCAAAACCACAUUUGCCUUGGAUAUAUAUAACAAGAUCAGGCGUCGAUUUGAAGCUGCUUGUUUUCUUGGUAAUGUUAGAGAAAAAUCAAAUGAAAACACUAGGGGACUGGAAGAUCUCCAAAGGACACUUCUGUCUGAGAUGGGUGAGGAGACACAAACCAUGAUGGGAAGCACGUAUAGAGGAAGCUCUGAAAUAAAACGCAGACUUGCCCGCAAAAGAGUUCUUCUCAUACUGGAUGAUGUUGAUUCAGUAAAACAAUUGAAAUCAUUAGCUGGAGGACAUGAUUGGUUUGGUUCUGGUAGCAGAAUCAUUGUAACAACAAGAGAUAUAGAUGUUCUACAUAAGCAUGAUGUUAAAAUUAAAACAUACAAACUCGAAGAGCUAAAUAAUCAUGAAUCCAUUGAACUCUUUUGUAUGUAUGCCUUUAAUAUGAGCAGACCUGCAGAAAACUUUGCAAAAAUCUCUACUCAAGCAAUAAGUUAUGCACAGGGUAUUCCAUUGGUUUUAACAGUCAUAGGAUCCAAUUUGAAAGGUAAGAGCAUACAUGAAUGGCAUAUUGAACUGCAGAAAUAUAGAAAGGUUCCAGAUGCUGAGAUUCAAAGUGUACUGGAAAUCAGCUACAAAGGCCUAUCUGACUUGGACCAGAAAGUUUUUCUGGACAUUGCUUGUUUUUUCAAAGGCGAAAGAUGGGAUUAUGUUAAAAGGAUACUCGAUGCUUGUGGUUUCUACCCAGUUAUACGAGUCUUUGUUAGCAAAUGUCUGUUAAUUGUUGAUGAAAAUGGUUGUUUAGAGAUGCAUGAUCUAAUACAAGACAUGGGUAGAGAGAUUAUUCGGAAAGAAUCGACUUCAAACCCUGGUGAACGCAGCAGGUUAUGGUCUCAUAAAGAUGCUCUUGAUGUGCUGAAAGGAAACUUGGGAAGUACUGCAGUUGAAGGCAUAAUGCUUCAUCCCCCAAAACAAGAAAAAGUAGAUCAUUGGGACGAUGCUGCCUUUAAGAAGAUGAAAAAUCUCAGAAUUUUGAUUGUUAGGAAUACAGUAUUUUCAUCAGGACCUAGUUAUUUGCCGAAUAGUUUACGGCUACUCGAUUGGAAGUGCUACCCAUCAAAGGAUUUCCCGCCAAAUUUUUAUCCAUACAAAAUCGUUGACUUCAAGUUACCUCAUAGCUCUAUGAUAUUGAAAAAGCCCUUUCAGAUUUUUGAGGACUUAACAUUCAUCAAUCUCUCCUAUAGUCAAUCCAUAACUCAAAUUCCUAAUUUGUCUGGAGCAACAAAGUUACGAGUGUUUACUCUUGAUAAUUGCCAUAAACUGGUAAUGUUUGAUAAAUCCGUUGGAUUUAUGCCUAAUCUGGUGUAUUUAAGUGCGUCGGGAUGCACUGAACUCAAAAGUUUUGUGCCAAAGAUGUAUUUGCCCUCCCUUCAAGUGAUUUCAUUUAAUUUCUGCAAAAAAUUUGAACACUUCCCACAUGUAAUACAAAAGAUGGACAGGCCAUUAAAGAUUCACAUGAUAAACACCGCCAUUAAGGAAAUACCAAAGUCUAUUGGUAACCUUACAGGGCUUGAGCUUAUGGACAUGUCGAUUUGCAAAGGGCUCAAAGAUCUAUCAAGUAGCUUCUUGUUGCUUCCAAAACUGGUCACUUUAAAAAUUGAUGGAUGCUCUCAACUAAGAACAUCAUUUCAAAGAUUUAAAGAGCGCAAUUCAGGAGCAAAUGGCUAUCCAAAUAUAGAAACACUUCAUUUUAGCGGAGCUAAUCUAUCAAAUGACGAUGUUAAUGCCAUUAUUGAAAAUUUUCCAAAACUGGAAGACUUGAAAGUUUUUCACAAUUGGUUUGUAUCCCUCCCAAAUUGCAUCAGAGGAUCUUUGCACUUAAAAAGUCUUGACGUGAGCUUUUGCAAGAAUCUUACAGAAAUUCCGGAACUUCCAUUAAAUAUUCAGAAGAUAGAUGCAAGAUACUGUCAAUCCUUAACUUCAAAGGCAUCUAGUAUUCUCUGGUCUAUGGUUUCACAAGAGAUCCAAAGAUUACAAGUUGUGAUGCCAAUGCCAAAACGGGAGAUUCCAGAAUGGUUUGACUGUGUUCGCACUCAAGGUAUUCCGCUUUUAUGGGCUCGCCAGAAGUUUCCGGUUGCUGCUUUAGCAUUGGUGUUCCAGGAAGUAAAAAAGACAGACAAUUUAUCAAAAUUGGUUGGAUCUACACAUUUGACGACUGAAGUAAAGGACUGGCACAACGUUAGCCUCCAUUUGUUUAUUGAUGGCCAACAAAUUUGUGGCAGGGAUUGCCGUUAUUUUAAUAUUGGGCCAGAUCAUGUGCUAUUGUGUGAUCUGCGAGUUUUGUUUAGUGAUGAAGAGUGGCAGGACCUUGAUGCAAAUCUUGGAGAUGACUGGAAGACCAUUCAGGUUCAACAUGUUUCAGACUUGAUUCUUACUAAUUGGGGAGUUUAUGUAUACAAGAAAGAAACAAGCAUGGAUGAUAUCCAAUUCAUACCUCCGAAUCAUGUUUCCUUUUCCGACAUGCCAUCCUCAUGUUUGGUUCCAAAGGGAUCUCCAGAGCAGCAAAUGAAACAUUUGCUACAAAGUUUCAACCCAAGAAACAUGUUUAAUGAGCAUUUUCCUCUAUUAGAAUCAGAAGGUCCAGUCAGGCCUUUAAAAGUGGUUUUGCGGGCUUUGAGGAAUGCCAAGGCUGAAAUUAUAGAGGAGACUUCCUCCUCUGGCUAUGGGGAAAGUCUAAAGCAAGACCAUGAAGAUUCUGCGGAGGGUGUGGUUCAAUUAUUAGAGUUGAUAAAAGAGAAUGUACCAGAACAUAUUACUGAUUUUUGUCCUGAAGAUCUUCAAAUUGCAGGCGGAUUGGCGGAAAGAUUAUUGAGGGCACGGGUGGAAUUAAUGAAAGAAAACAGCUUGGACAUCAGAAUGGCCAUUAUUCUAAAGAAUGAUGAUAUGUUGGGAGCUAAACACAGACGCUAUUGGGGAUUCUUGGAGAUAAAAUUUGGAGAUCCAUUUUACAAACCAUUGUUGAGGAGGUUAUGCCAACUUUCAUGGAAACAUUGGGAAAGCAAGGAAUCCUCAAGAUCUAACAAGAGGGUAACCGUUGUUGAAUUGAAAUGCCAGCCUCCAGGUACAGAGGAAGCUUCAACUUCUAGCCUUGAAGAAUCAUGGGAGGAAGUAAACUACAAUCCUGAAUUGGAUGAGUUAAUGAGUGCAAUAGAGCAAGAUGCUAUGAGCUUGAAUAGAACUUACGGAAAAAUGAAGGCAUCCAUUGUUAGAACUGAUAGGCCAAUUUCUGAAAAUCAUCUAUCAGAAGGAUUAUUCUUGAAAGGACAAACGAUUGAGGGAAAAUUGACAACGUUUCGAUCUCUAACCAAGUUUAAGAUCACACCAUAUGGGAAGAUGAGGGCAGAAGACGAAUUCUGACGAUGUGCUGAAUGAUAACUAUUCCAUGUCUAUAUGUACUAUAGUUUGUAGAUAGUGAAGAUGAAGCCGGAAACAAUCAUAAAAAUUUGCUCACUGUUAGGACUUUGUUAUGAAUUACUUGGAGUCAUAAUUUUAUUUUGUAUUUUCAUAUUAUCUUUUGGAUGAUAAAUUAUUAAUCCACUGAAACCUCCAUGAGUCCUUAA